CAAUUCAUCAGCUUCAUCGGUGGGUGCCAGCGUUGGCGCUACCAUUACCUCCACCUCGGGCAUCGGCUCCUCAGCGCCCACCACUACACAUACAAAUGGUGGUGGCAGCAGUAGCGGUGCUGGCGGGCUUGGUCUUACUUCCUCCAAUUGCUCUGCAACGAAAACGCGUUCGUACGAUCUGUAUAGCGCCGAGUGGGAUGUCUAUCGAGAGAAGCGAAAGCAACGCAACUUUGGCAGCAUGGCCGCAGCACAAGUGGUCUGCCUGUGUCCGUUGAUGAUUUUACGUUUCGCACGACUCUCCAUGGAGGAGACCUACGAGAAUCAGAAACACUUUGACUUCACCUACUUGAUGUUUGUGUGGAUAGCUUUUCUGCCAACCGUUAUAUUUCCAUGCAUUUAUGCCUCGCAAAUAUUACCCAGGGAUGAGCAAGAACGUAUACGCGGCUAUUUUCGUCUUUCCACCAAGCGUUUCCACAAGUCGCGCAGCUGCGUUAGUCACGGCGGCAGUGGCCAUACGCCCAGUUCCAGGGAGGAUUCCAUUGAGAAGGAUGACAACACAAAUACCACAGCAGCUACUUCGAUCCUGGUGAAUGGUGAAGAGUACUUGAACGGGGGUGGCAGUAUUACCGGUACAGCGCUGGUAACGCGACACGAACUCAACAGGGCGGCCAAGUUUCAGCAACAACAGCAGCAGCAUCACCAUAACAGCCGACAGCCUGGCAGAGACACCAUGAAUGGCGGUGCGGCAGGUCAGCAUGGCCAUGGUAGGCAAGCUUUGGCGAAGGAUGUGCGUGUGAAGAAGAAUGAUGUGAAGAUUAAGAUAAUAUCGGAUGGCGGAAAAGGCAAUAAGUCAGCGUUGGCAGGCGUCGGCAGUGCUGGUGGCCAGCUGCAGGCGCGUCAAACGCCGAAGGGCAGCAGUGUAAGCAGCGGCAGUCGACGCGAGAGUGUUGGCGGUGGCGGUAGCGGAGGAGGAGGAGGAGGAAGCGCUGGUGAGCGCAAAUUGACACUUGGUUCAUUGGAUAAUUCCUGCUCGAAUAUGACCUCCUCGACGUACUGCAAUGGCGCCAGUAGUUUGCUCGAGGAUGAUGGCGGUGCAAGUAACUUUGGCGAUGGCGAAGAUUCCUCCAUAGUGAGUGGCAUGAUUGUGCCCAGCGGCAGCGGUCAGAGUGCGGUCAACUAUACGCAACACAAGAAGUGGAGCCUCAGUGGUCAGCCUUUGUUGCGCAAUAAGGAUUUAUCAUUCAGUGAUUGCAGUAGUUUCUCGCACAUGGACACGGCUAGUACGCUCGAGCGCGAUUUGGAGAUAAUCGAUAUGUUGGAACGCGAGCGCAGCAUGAACAUACAGGAGAUGAUUGAGCGUGAGCAAAAUGGCGAAACAGUGCGCAUGACGGUGGGUGAACGUCGCAAACUGCCCGAUAUCGAUAAGAUUUAUCAGCGUUCGCCAAAACCCCAACUAGAUCCGUACAGUUACGACGUAUCCUCACAAGUCACGCCGACACCCUCAACGGCGACAGCAAAAGAUAGCACACCCAACUCGCUGCUGUGUAGUGACCCGCUACAAUCAAGUAGUGGUGGUAGUAGCACAACAGAAGCCUACAGUGUUGCAUCCACGCUCAGCGGCGAGGAACGUGCAGCGCAUGGACUGCCUCGCGACGACGAAGGUGAGAGCGGCAUCGAUGUGGACGAAGAAGUGCCGUCCGAUUUCUUCGACAAGUUUACACCGGGUGCUGGAAACGCUGUGCCUCAUGCGGGCAGCGGCGUUGCAGCAUCUAACACGCCCACUUCCGCCUACCAGUAUCAGUACUCGCGUCGACUUAGCCGCAAAUCAUCGCACCACAGCCAGAACUCAAAUUCGCAUCGCAACUCGAAGCGAGAUAGCUUCAAUUCGCUAAAUAGCAGCGAUCUUAUUGCGGGUGCGUUCGGUGAAUUGGAUCCCACGCAACCGUUAUCAAAAAUGUCUGUGGUUGAGGGCCGAAUGCGACGCAGUAGUGGACGUACGUCUAGCUUCUCUUCAUCUUCGGCGCGUAGUUCAAUGAAAUCGCGUGACUAUAGUCACGGUUCGUCGCAUUCGGCACAUCCAGAGUUGGAUUUUAGGGAGAAUAUUUUCGCCGAACUGUAAGGAGAUGAGAGUGCGAAGACUCGAGUGUAGGUACCUCAUUUUCAGGUGUCUAUGAAACAGGUUAACGCGUGCAACGAAAGAAGGUUUGGAAUAAGCUUUAGCUUUUAAAUGUGAACAUUUAAAGAAAUCUUAAUAUACAUACAACGUAUACAAGUACUACAUACAAAGGAAGUCCUGUUAGAGCAGUUUUAGUAAUGUAGGUAAGUGUAAUUUUUAAAUAGAAUUUAAUGCAGGAAAUAAGAGAGGAGCAUGAGAAGGAACAUUGUGAAUAAACGUGAAAGAUCUGGUUAUAUUAAAACACAGAUUAGGUCUUAAACUCGGUAGAAGUGGUAAACAUAUGUAAAUGAGAAACUUGAAAGUAACAUCCUUCCCUUUCAAAAGGAG